UCUAGCCACCAAUUCUAUAAAUAACCACGUACAUUGCAUCUCCAACCUGUGUCGUUCUCUUCUCUCUACACACCCUCUCUCUCUCUCUAACUAAGAACCAGUCUCAGACCCCUCCGGUUCUACCUCUUCCUAGAGAACAAUGGCCUCUCACAUUGUUGGAUAUCCUCGUAUGGGGCCAAAGAGAGAGCUCAAGUUUGCUCUGGAAUCCUUCUGGGAUGGGAAGAGCACUGCCGAGGAUUUGCAAAAGGUGUCGGCUGAUCUCAGGUCUUCCAUCUGGAAGCAGAUGUCUGAUGCUGGCAUCAAGUACAUUCCUAGCAAUACAUUCUCUUACUAUGAUCAGGUGCUUGACACAACCGCAAUGCUUGGGGCUGUUCCCCCCAGAUAUGGUUGGACUGGUGGUGAGAUUGGAUUUGACACUUACUUUUCAAUGGCCAGAGGUAAUGCCUCUGUACCUGCUAUGGAAAUGACGAAGUGGUUUGACACCAACUACCAUUUCAUUGUCCCUGAAUUGGGACCUGAAGUGAAGUUUUCUUAUGCUUCUCACAAGGCCGUAAUUGAAUACAAGGAGGCUAAGUCGCUUGGAGUAGACACUGUUCCAGUUCUUGUUGGACCUGUCUCCUACUUGUUGCUUUCUAAGCCUGCAAAGGGUGUUGAGAAGAAUUUUCCUCUUCUUUCCCUUCUAGAAAAAAUCCUUCCCAUCUACAAGGAAGUUGUAGCUGAGUUAAAGGCAGCUGGUGCAUCCUGGAUUCAGUUUGAUGAACCCACACUUGUGAAGGAUCUCGAGUCUCAUCAAUUGCAAGCAUUCACUGGUGCCUACUCUGAGCUAGAGUCAUCUCUAUCUGGCUUGAAUGUUAUCAUCGAGACCUACUUUGCUGAUGUUCCUGCCGAGGCAUACAAAACUCUCACUGCUCUGAAGGGUGUCUGUGGUUUUGGUUUUGAUUUAAUUCGUGGACCAAAGACUCUUGAUUUGAUCAAGAGCGGAUUUCCGUCUGGGAAAUACCUCUUUGCUGGAGUGGUUGAUGGAAGGAACGUCUGGGCAAAUGAUCUUGCUGCAUCUCUCAGCACCCUGCAGUCUCUUGAGGGCAUUGUGGGAAAAGACAAGCUUGUGGUCUCUACAUCCUGCUCGCUUCUCCACACUGCUGUUGAUCUGGUUAACGAGACUAAGCUGGACAAAGAACUCAAAUCAUGGCUUGCAUUUGCUGCUCAAAAAGUUGUUGAAGUGAAUGCCCUGGCAAAAGCAUUGGCUGGUCAAAAAGAUCAGGCAUUCUUCUCUGAAAAUGCUGCCGCUCUGGCCUCAAGAAAAUGCUCUCCAAGGGUGACUAACGAGGCUGUUCAGAAGGCUGCUGCUGCUUUGAAGGGUUCUGACCACCGCCGUGCUACAAAUGUUAGUGCCAGACUUGAUACUCAGCAGAAGAAGCUUAAUCUUCCAAUCUUGCCAACAACCACCAUUGGGUCUUUCCCUCAAACAAUCGAGCUCAGAAGAGUUCGCCGUGAAUAUAAGGCUAAAAAGAUUUCUGAGGCUGACUAUGUUAAGGCCAUAAAGGAGGAGAUCAACAAGGUUGUCAAGCUACAGGAGGAGCUUGAUAUAGAUGUCCUGGUUCAUGGAGAACCCGAGAGGAAUGAUAUGGUUGAGUAUUUCGGAGAGCAGUUGUCUGGCUUUGCGUUCACUGUCAAUGGGUGGGUUCAAUCUUAUGGAUCUCGUUGUGUGAAACCACCCAUCAUUUAUGGUGAUGUGAGCCGCCCCAAGGCAAUGACCGUCUUCUGGUCCUCAAUGGCUCAGAGCAUGACUGCCCGACCAAUGAAGGGAAUGCUUACUGGCCCUGUGACAAUUCUUAACUGGUCUUUCGUCAGGAAUGAUCAGCCCAGAUUUGAAACUUGCUAUCAGAUUGCUUUGGCCAUUAAGGAUGAAGUAGAAGAUCUUGAGAAAGCUGGCAUCAAUGUCAUCCAAAUUGAUGAGGCUGCUUUGAGAGAAGGCUUGCCUCUUAGAAAAUCAGAGGAAUCUUUCUACUUGGACUGGGCUGUCCACUCCUUCAGGAUCACUAACUGUGGCGUUCAAGACACCACACAGAUUCACACGCACAUGUGCUACUCUAACUUCAAUGACAUUAUCCACUCAAUCAUCGACAUGGAUGCCGAUGUGAUUACCAUUGAGAACUCUCGAUCUGAUGAGAAGCUCCUCUCAGUCUUCCGGGAGGGAGUGAAAUACGGUGCUGGAAUCGGGCCCGGUGUCUAUGACAUCCACUCCCCUAGAAUACCAUCAACAGAAGAAAUUGCAGACAGAAUUAACAAGAUGCUUGCAGUGCUCGAAACCAACAUCUUGUGGGUCAACCCUGACUGCGGGCUCAAGACUCGUAAGUACACCGAAGUGAAGCCAGCCCUCCUAAACAUGGUUGCCGCUGCCAAGCUACUCCGCACCCAGCUUGCUAGCGCUAAGUGAGGUGUUUUGGAGCAAGUGAUUGGAGUUAAAAUCCUUCCAACUUAUUAUUUUCUUGAUAUUGACUGAGCAGAAGGAAAAGCCUCUAUUGAUUUAAUAACUGUGCUUGGUGAUGAAAAUAGGCGUAGUCGGCCCUUUGGGCAUUUUGUUUGAUUUGUUUCUUUUUUAAUAUUCUGUUCUUUUGGGGUUCUUUUUGCCUUCAAUUCAUUUGUAAGGCACCAUAUUUUAAUUAGGGCACGUUGGGAAGGAAAUUUAUGAAAUGUCACCGCGGGUGUAUGCGUUAAUUUGUGUAUUAAUGUGUUGUAUUACACUAUCCCUUUAUGAUAUGAAGAAUGUGAUUUUUAUCCAAAUAAA